CCUCGGUUGGAGGCUAGAUCAUGCGCAUUGUCAGCUCAAGCUUUUGAUGGACAGCGAGCAUGCGUACCAUAUCUGAUGUUGAUAAAUUGAAAUUAAACAUGCGUAAUUAACCUUUCUGAAUAAGAAGAAACACACACACGCACCCACCACCCCACUUACCCCCAAAACGCUCAGUCUGUGGAACAUGCGCAUUCGUUCUUGGCAGUGUUUAGUGUUGAAGGCGAGCAUGCGCAUAACGAGAGGAUUGGCCUUCUGAAGUUUGAACAAGACAGAAGCGACUAGUACCGGGGCUGUCAGUGAGUAGCUCACUUUUUUGGUGGGACUUUGUGGCUCAGCAUGUCAAUAGUAACAGUGCAACUUGGUCAGUGUGGCAAUCAGAUUGGUUUUGAAGUGUUUGAUACUUUAUUUAGUGACUCAUACUGUUCCCAGGGACUCUGCUCCAAGAAGGAGAAUGAGGCCUAUCAAGCGUCUUGCAAAGAAAGGUUCUUCAGUGAGGAGGAAAAUGGAGUUCUAGUUGCCCGGGCUGUACUUGUUGACAUGGAACCUAAAGUUAUCAAUCAAACACUAUCAAAGGCUGCCCGGUCUGGCCGAUGGAAAUAUGGUCAGCAUGCAUGCUUCUGUCAAAGACAAGGUUCUGGAAACAACUGGGCAUAUGGUUACUCUGUUCAUGGACCCAGGCACGAAGAAUCUAUAAUGAACCUAAUUCAGAAGGAAGUGGAGAAAUGUGACUCUUUGAGUGGUUUUUUCAUCAUAAUGAGUAUGGCCGGGGGCACGGGAUCAGGGCUAGGAGCCUUUGUUACCCGGGAUUUACAAGAUCAGUACCCAAACUCUUUUAAAAUGAAUCAGGUUAUAUGGCCUUAUGGAACCGGUGAGGUUAUUGUUCAGAACUACAACUCCAUUUUGACUCUCUCUCACUUGUACCAAUCUUCGGAUGCCCUCCUUGUUCAUGAGAAUGAUGCUGUCCAUAAGAUCUGUGCAAAACUGAUGGGUCUCAGACAGGUCUCCUUUAGCAAUCUAAAUCACGUCCUCGCACAUCAGCUGGGAAGCGUGUUCCAGCCCACUUACUCUGCAGGAGGCUCGUUUCACUAUAGAAGAAAUCCAUUAGGAGACUUAAUGGAGAAUUUAGUUCCCCAUCCUGAAUUCAAGAUGCUCGGCGUGCGUAACAUUCCUCAGAUGUCUGAGAACUCACUGGCAUAUAGCACAUUUACUUGGGCUGGCCUCCUCAAGCAUUUGAGACAGAUGCUCAUUUCUAAUGCAAAAAUGGAAGAAGGUAUCAAUUGGCAGGUACGGCCCCCUUUAUCAGGACUCCCUGCUCUUGGCAAAACGUCUUUCAACAAAGAGCCUCAUUUUAACACUUCCAUUGCUAACUUGGUCAUCCUUCGUGGGAAAGAUGUGCAAAGCGCAGAUCUGGGGGGAUUUAAAGAUCCAGCUCUCUAUACUUCCUGGUUACAGCCUGAAAAUGCUUUCAACGUAUGGAAAACUCAGCGAGCCUUCAACAAAUACGAGAAGUCUGCAGCAUUGGUCAGCAAUAGCCAGUCCUUAGUAAAACCACUUGAUACGAUUGUGGGCAAAGCAUGGAACAUGUUUGCUUCAAAAGCCUACAUUCAUCAGUACACAAAAUUUGGAAUUGAAGAAGAGGAUUUUUUGGACAGUUUCACAUUAUUAGAGCAGGUUAUUGCCAGUUACCGUAACCUCUGAUCUUGAACAAAAGGGAAAAUUUACCUUUUUGGACUAAAAAUAUUUUUAAUACUAUUUCUGUAAGGUUUUCAAAGUCUCGUCUAUUAAAGUAACAAAGCGGAAUGCUGAUUUCAAUUUGCAUAUAAUACCAAAAGAAAAAGAGGAAAACCUUUUAAGUGGAGGAUAGCAUGUUUUCAGUGAAAACAUCUUCUACUUAUAUUUCAUUUUUAAGAAAAAAAAACUGGUGCUUUUAUAAAGAAUGUUAGAAACACUUUGCUGAGAUCUUGGGACCCUGGAACUAUCCAAGAAAAUGGCAUAUUCUAUUUUGUCCUCUUGUUCCUAAAUCUUUCCUCUUUACUCCAAAAAAGAGUCACUAAAUAUGAGCUAAACUUUCACAGUACAAUUUUAGGCUAAGAAAUUUCUAUUCUGUACUUAUAUUCAUCUUUGAAGUGAAUGCCUUGAACCACAAGAGGGAGCUGUUGUCAAGUGCUAAAGAGUGAACAACUAUUUUGAAUAUUUAAUUCUAAGCAUAACAGAGUAAGAUUUUUCCAUUUAAGCAGCUAUUUAAAAAUGAAUGUCAGGAUUUUGGUAAUAGAUGCAUAUCAUGCUUAAAUACAGAAGGGACUAAAGUUCUACUUUGCUUUUCUUAAAUUUUUUGGGCAUCAGAAAAUUGGGAGAAGUUUUCUUUUAGAUCUUGGAAUGCCAGAGCGGAAAUUGAUUUUAUUCAGCUAUUGCUUUAAAAUGACUUGUAGGUGUUUAGCUGAUUUGGAAGAUGGUUAUGUUCUGCAGUAAAGCUGUCAGCCAAAUUUCACUAAGUUAAGAAAAUCAUCACCAAGGAAAUGUAGUGCUUGAAACUGAUACACACAGAUGUGGGUUUGACUCAAAAAGACAAAACAUGCUUGGAAAUUGGCAACUGAGUUUGAGGGGGAAUGAUGUACUUCAAUGAAACACAUCACAUGCAAUGUAUUAACAAAUGUAAAAUGGGAAACACAUAGGAACAUCUGCCCUUUCUGCCAAAUCUACCAGUAGUGACUUUUAUUUUUAUAUGGAAAAAUGACAGUUCACAGCUUCACUGGUUUCUUCCUUUUCAUUCCAUAUGGAAAUGAUUACCUUUUUGCUGUUUUUGUUAUCAACUGUUGCUAUGAUUUAAAAUACUGAACCAUAUCUUAUUUCUAAGGAAUGCAAAAAGUGGUCUGUUCAGCUGCUAAAAGGCACACCCCUCUGCAUUAUGUUAACCCAAGUAUACUUGAAAAAUAAUUCGAUCAUGAUUUUUACAAAACACAGUAUAAAGUAGUUGUUUAGCACUGAAGAGAUCCAAAGACGGAAACAAUUUGCCAGACUAAACCAGUGCACAUGAAGACCUGUAAUGAAAUUCUCUUCAUAGGAGUUAAGCUGAUUCUGAGGAACUUUGCUAGAAGGCUAGUUUCAACAAAGUCGUAAGUUGAAAUCAUCUGAGGAGGGGAUUCAUGAAGUACCAAUGAGGACAAGUAUAUUUGUAGUUUGGCAAUUAAAGAAAUCAACUGCAAGUUAACGUUAGAAAUAAACCCCAGUUUAGACAGAGCUCUGAGUCUGUUCAUUUAUGGAAGUUUGACCCCUUUUUAUGAUUCACAGCUGCAUUAUUUGACUUGUGUGAUGCUUAAAUAUUUGUAACAUUGUUUUAAACAUUUACAUGGACAAUAAAAAUUUUUUCUUGUCGAUUUUGAAUAAUAAAAAGUUUUAGCUAUAUGAGUAGUAAUUUCAAGUUAAAAUUUUACACAAGGUGGCCAGUACCAAAGCUUCAAGAUACGGGGUGGCAUUGGGAAUCUGCUUUGUGUGAAGAAAACGGCCAGUUGGUCAAGACAACAUAGAAUCAUAAGCUUCUUGGUAGACGGAUCCAGAAAACUUUGAAAAUGUAAUUUCUUGAAUUGCUGGGUAACUAGCAUAUAUACUGUCCCUCAAACACAAUAACCCAGAUACAAGCUACAGCUCUGUAGGCAGUGAGUACAGCACAAACUCAAGCUUGAAGCUUUUUUAAUCGCCCUUCCUCUCUCCCCUUUUUUUCAGAUGGCUACCAUUGUGCUUUCUUAAGAGUUCUUUAUUCUGAGCCGUAGACCCUGUUUCUUACUCAUUUCCUUUUCUAGUUUUGGACUUUUCUUCCCUAUUAUCUAGACAGUCUGCAACAUCUUUCUCUUUUAACCCUUCACUUAGGAUGCACUAAGCAUACCAACAGUUACCAACCAAUUCAUUUAUUCAACCAGUAUCUAUUCAAUACCUAAUACACACCAGGCACUGAGUGAGGUGAUGUGGGUAUAGGGAUGAAUACCAUAUAGUAUAAAUGAAGAAGCUUACAGUGUAGUUUAUAAGUUUCUUUGAACAUUUGAUGCUACAAUUCUGGCUUCCUAAUUAUUGCUUAACAUGCCCAUAUCCAUAUUCAACUUUUUUACAGCAAAGAAUAUAGCCCAAGAGAAAUAAUUUAAUUGAAAGCACUAGUCUUGGCUUCAAAUUUGUCUGAAACAUCUCCUUAUUUCCUCUGUAGACUUUAUUUUGCAGUGUACAUACCAGUGAUUUUUCUUCUGACCACCAUGUUUAUCACACUUGAAUUCCUGUCCAAAAUUUUGUUUUAAAAUAUGCUCCAUAUGUUCCUAUCCUGCUCUUAUCUUCCCAUGAGCCCGAGGUUUGGCAGUCAGUUCCUUUCUUAUUCUGCCACCUACCUUCCAAAUAUGGCUUUACCCACUAACUUGUCAUUUUGGGUAAACAGUCAUUUAUUUUAAGAGACAUUUGCUCAUCUGUAUCAAUCACAUUGUUUCCUAUGGGUUUUAGGAAUGUGAGCUGGAAACUCUGGCUUUACAUUUUUAACUAAAUAACUUCCCGCUCCUAAACCCUGAAAUGUCUCAGAGGAUGCCCUGUCAGCCAUGUUAAUAGAUGGAAUCCUAUUCUGCAAGCAGGAAUGCUUGCACAAGAAGUUAAGAUAAACAAUGUAAAUAUUUCAGAUUUCUGGGAAACACAGUGUUGGGUCAGUCAGUGUAGGAGACAAUAUGGCAUCCAUGCUAUGGGAAAGAAGGAAAAAAGAAAGUCCCAAUCAUUUAGAGUCUAAAGAGUCAGUAAAGCAGGAGGAGAAGAAAAGGAAAGUGGGGGAACUGAUGAUUUCCCCAAAGAACUGCCAUUAAUUUACAAGAAUAUCAGAAAAAGACUUGGUUUUUAAAUUAUGGAUUUUACCUAAUGAUGAAAAAUCUUAAGAUUAGCUUACAAGAGUAGCUUAAAAAGAAACAGUAAGUUAAAUUAUGUGCUGCCUGAAUUUAUCUUCUUCACCAAUGUCAGUAUGAUGAAUACUUUUAUGGCUCUCUUGUCCUAUUUGAAUUUUAUUAUUUACACAGUGAAUACACAAAGAUUCUGUACCCGUACUCUCCAGUUAGGCAGCCAUUGGCCACAUGUGGCUAUUGAGCACUUGAUAUGUGGCUAAUCCAAGUUUAGAAGUGCUAUUUUAUAACACACAUUGGAUUUUAAAGAUUUAGUAUGAAUAAAAGAAUUUAAAUCUCUCAAUAUUUUUUUGUAUUGAUUACAGGUUGAAAUUAUAAUAUUUUAGGCAUAUUAGGUUAAUGAUUCAAAUUAAUUUUCCUUUUAUUUAUUCAACUUAAUUUUACUUUUAAAAGGUGACUCCUGAAAUUUUUAGAUUUGUGGCUUUCUCUUGAACAGGACUGUUCUAGACAUUUCAGGGGCAAAGUCCUCCUGGGAAAUGUAGAAACUGAACAGAGCUUGUCCUUACUAGGUGAGAGGUCAUGGGAACAUGAUAGUAAGAAACAUGACAUAAGGUAAAAGAUGUGAGUUUCCUUUUUAAAGAAAAGGGGGCUGUUGUUGAUUGAAUCGUGUCUCCCGUCACCAAUGUGUGUCGACUUGGCUAGGCCAUGAUUCCCAGUAUUGUGUGGUUGUCCACCAUUUUGUGAUCUGAUGUGAUUAUCCUAUGUGUUUUUGUCAGUGGUAGGAUAAUGUCCAUACACCUACAAGGAAGACCAGUUAAUAUAACUAUUAUUCAAAUUUACACACCAACCACUAAGGCCAAAGAUGAAGAAAUUGAAGGUGUUUAUCAACUUUUGCAGUCUGAAAUUGAUGCAACAUGCAAUCAGGGUGCACUGAUUAUUACUGGUGAUUAGAAUAUGAAAGUUGGAAACAAGAAGGAUCAGUAGUUGGAAAAUAUGGUCUCGGUGAUAGAAACAAUGCUGGAGAUUACAUGGUAGAAUUUUGCAAAACCAGUGACGUCUUCAUUGCAAAUACCUUUUUUCACCAACAUAAAUGGUGACUGUACACAUGGACCUUGCCAGAUGGAAUACAAAGGAAUCAAAUCGACUACGUCUCUGGAAAGAGAAAAGCUGAAUAUCAUCAGUCAGAACAAGGCCAGGGGUGGACUGCGGAUCAGUCCAUCAAUUACUCAUACUCAAGUUCAAGUUGAAACUGAAGAAAAUUAGAACAAGUCCACAAGAGCCAAAGUACGACCUUAAGUAUAUCCCACCUGAAUUUGGAGACCAUCUCAAGAAUAGAUUUAAUGGGUUGAACACUUAUGACUGAAGAAGACCAGACAAGUUGUGGAAGGACAUCGUACAUGAAGAAAGCAAGAGGUCAUUAAAAAGUCAGGAAAGAAAAGACCUAAAUGGAUGUGAGAAGAGACUCUGAAACUUGCUCUUGAACGUCGAGUUGCUAAAGCAAAAGGACAAAAUGAUUAAGUAAAAGAGAUGAACAGAAGAUUUCAAAGGGCAGCUCGAGAAGACAAAGUGUUGUGAUGAGAUGUGCAAAGACCUGGAGACGGAAAACCAAAAGGAAAGGACACGCUCAGCAUUUCUGAAGUUGAAAGAACUGAAGAAAAAAUUCAAGCCUCGAGUUGGAAUAAUGAAGGAUUCUACGAGGAAAAUAUUAAACGACGCAGGAAGCAUCAAAAGAAGAUGGAAGGAAUAUACAGAGUCAGUAUACCAAAAAGAAUUGGUUGAUGUUCAGCCAUUUUAGGAGGUAGCAUAUGAUCAGGAACCGAUGGUACUGAAGGAAGAAGUCCAAGCUGCACUGAAGGCAUUGACGAAAAACAAGGUUCAGGGAAUUGAUGGAAUGCCAAUUGAGAUGUUUCAACAAACGGAUGCAGCGCUGGAAGUGCUCACUCAUCUAUGCCAAGAAAUUUCGAAGACAGCUACCUGGCAAACUGACUGGAAGAGAUCCAUAGUUAUGCCUAUUCCCAAGAAAGGUAAUCCAACCGAAUACGGAAAUUAUCAAACCAUAUCACUAAAAUCACAUGCAAGCAAAAUUUUGCUGAAGAUUAUUCAAAAGCGUCUGCAGCAAUAUAUCAGCAGGGAACUGCCAGAAAUUCAAGCUGGAUUUAGAAGAGGACGCAGAACCAGGGAUAUCAUCGCUGAAGUCAGAUGGAUACUGGCUGAAAGCAGAGAAUACUAGAAAGAUAUUUACCUGUGUUUUAUUGACAUUCAAAUGUGUGGAUCAUAAUAAUUAUGGAUAACAUUGCAAAGAAUGGGAAUUUCAGAACACUUAAACUGUGCUCAUGAGGAAUCUGAGCACAUGGAUUAGGAGGCAGUUGUUGGAACAGAACCAAGGGGAUACCCCAAGGUUUAAAGCCAGGAAAGGUGUGCGUCAGGGUUGUAUCCUUUCACCAUACCUAUUCAAUCUGUAUGCUGAGCAAAUAAUCCGAGUAGCUGGACUAUAUUAGCAAGAAUGGGGCAUCAGGAUUGGAGGAAGGCUCAUUAACAACCUGCGUAAUGCCGAUUACACAACUCUGCUUGCUGAACAUGAAGAGGACUUGAAGCACUUACUGAUGAAGAUCAAAGACCACAGCCUUCAGUGUGGAUUAUACCUCAACAUAAAAAAAAAAAAAAGAACAAAAAUCCUCAGAACUGGACCAAUAAGCAACAUCAUGAUAAAAAAACAGGGAAAAUAUUGAAGUUGUCAAGGAUUUCAUUUUACUUGUUUCUGCAAUCAGCACCUAUGGAAGCAGCAGUCAAGAAAUCAGAAGAUGCAUUGCAUUGGGAAAAUCGGCUGCAAAAGACCUCUUUAAAGUGUGGAAAACCAAAGAUGUCACCUUGAGGACUAAGGUGCGCCUGACCCAAGCCACAGUGUUUUCAAUAGCCUCACAUGCAUGCGAAAGCUGAACAAUAAAUAAGGAAGACCUAAGAAGAAUUGAUGCCUUUGAAUUGUGGGGUUGGCGAAGAAUAUGGAAUAUACCAUGGAUUGCCAAAAGAACGAAUUUAUCUGUCUUGGAAGUACCACAAUGCUCCUUAGAAGGAAGGAUGGUGAGAUUACGACUCACAUACUUUGGAUAUGUUAUCAGGAGGGAUCAGCCCCUGGAGAAGGACAUCAUGCUUGGUACAGUAGAGGGUCAGCAAAAAGGAGGAAUACUGUCAACGAGAUGGAUUGACAGAGUGGCUGCAUCAGUGGGCUCAAGCAUAGCAACAAUUGUGAGGAUGGGGCAUGAUCAGGCAGUGUUUCAUUCUGUUGUGCAUAGGGUCGCUAUGAGUUGGAGGUGACUCGACCGCACCUAACAACAACAAAAUGAUGUAAAUGAGGCAGGAUUCGGGGCAGUUGUGUUAAUGAGACAGUACUUAAUCUACAGGAUUAGGUUGUAUCUUGCGUCAGUCUCUUUUGAGAUAUAAAACAGAGAAGGGAGCACUGGGAGCAGAGCAUGUCCUUUAGACCUGGGUCCCUGGGAUGAGAAGCUCCUAGAUCAGGGGAAGAUUUAGGACAAGGACCUUUCCCCAGAACCGACAGAGAGAGAGAGAAAGCCUUCCUCUGGAGCUGGCACCUUGAAUUCAGACUUCUAGCCUCCUAGACUGUGAGAGAAUAAACUUGCGUUUGUUAAAGCCAUCCACUUGUGUUAUUUGUUAUAGCAGCACUAGAUAACUAAGACAGGGCCCUUUAAGUUCCAACUGACUCAAUGGCAAUGGGUUUGGUUUUUGGUUUGCUUUAUGUUAGACUCAAUUCAUGAUGUCAGUAUGAAAGAGGCAGGAUGUGAGCUUAAUUCAACAAACAUUAAUUGAACACCUGCAAGGCAAGGCACUGUGCUGGGACAGGGAGAUACAAAAAUGAGUCAGACCUGAGUUCUGUCCUCAAGGUGUUCACCGUCUGACACAGUCUUUGCUGCAAAGCAUAUGCCUGGCUCAUGGUAGAGAAUCCAUGUUUAUUGAAUGGAUUAACAUGAAUGACUAGAAAACUGGAAGCAGUGUAAGGCUGCAAAACUAUAGGCACGCAGUGAAGCCCAUUAAAGCUGCCAUCAUUAGCAGUAGGUCACACAGCCAUUAGAUGAAACUAAGGACCUGUAAAUAUAAAUAUGAUUAAGAAUAUUAUGAAACCAUUUUAUAUAACUAAAAGCAAUUCAAGACAAUAUAAAUUCAAACAAUACAUCAAGAAAAUGAAGAAUUGCCAUUGCUUGCAAGUCCUUGCCUGAGAUUUAAACUCUUUGCUCUGGAAUUCAAAGCCUUUUAAAGUAUGGCCACAACCCAGUCUCCCACUGCUCUCCUUUAUGUGUAGUAUAGUCACUGAGGCAGACAGAAACGGCCAUUAAAUAUUAUUAUGAAAAACACGUGGAUUUGUCUACAUGAUUCCAUAAAAUUUCUUCAGUAAGGCAGGGAUGGAGCAGUCUGUCACUACUUUGAGGAUAGAAAUGAGGAAACAGGCCCCUGUCCCUGCUUUGCCCGCAAUGCCAGGUUGCCAAGACCAAGAAGAAUGUGAGGGUCAGAUAAUUUUUAAAGACAUCUACAAGGAUACACAGCAGAUUUCAUAGUGAUGUCUUCUAGGGAGUAGAUUUCUCAGGGGAGUGCUUUCUUAUAUACUUCUUUUGCUUGUAUUUUUUUUUUAAACAAAGUUUUAAAAACACAAGAUAAAGAUAAAAUAGCUCAAAUGAUUUUAAAAAGGAUGUUGUUAACACUUGGAAAUAGUUUGGAGAAAUAAGUCAAGUGAAUCAGAAGGAGGUAACACAGGGUGAAUUAUAUCUUUGUCCUCUAAACCAUCUAAGUUGUUUUGCUAGUUGCUGUGGAGUAAUUCCACCUCAUGGUGACCCCAUUUGUACUGAGUAGGACUGCUCCAUAGGGUUUCCAAGGCUGUGACUUUUCGGAAGCAGAUUGCCAGGGCUUAUUUUCAAGGUGCCUCUGGGUGGAUUUGAACUGCGGACCUUUUGGUUAAUAUUCUAGUACUUAACCAUUUGUACCACCCAGGGCUCCUCAUCACCUAAGUGGGGUGUAGGAACUACAAGAUGCUCCAGGUUCAGAGGCAGAGGAAGAAGGGAGAAAUUAGGACCAAUUUUGGGGUCUUAUUUUCUCUAAAUUGUCUUCUAAUGAACAUAGCCUACUCCAGGGAAGACUAGUAAAUAUAUCACAAAAAAUGUCUAAAAGAAGUGUAGGAAAGCUUUUGUGUAUGGAAGAACUUUUUACUUCCUCCCGCAGAGAUCAGGGAUGUCUUUUGUGGUCAGAUGGAUUCUUCACGUUUGAACAUGAGAAAUUUCUUUGAUCCCUACAUUUUCCUAAAAGCACAAUUUCAGGCCUCCCUCCCCCUUCUUUUUCCUUCUGAAAUCAUGCAAAACACUCUCACACAUGUAGUUUUACCAGAUAGGCAUCUGAUGACGUCUGGAUUUCAUCAGAAAGUCUGGAACAGUGACACCCAAACCUCCUGGGCUUUGAGAACUAUGCACUCACCUGAAAUUGGAAUACUAAGGUUUUGUACCUCUCUUCACCACCAUGGGAUUAUGACAUAAAUCUCUCCUUCUGAACUCUGGUACUCCUGGUGAGUGGUGUAAUUGUGGUCAUAUGUCAUUUAUUCUGAGCUCCUACCCAGCCAACGUCAAUAUGUAAUAACUCACUCACUGAAACUUGUAAACAACCCCAGCACUAAAGCAGCCAAAUGGAAAGCCGCCUUGACCACAUGGUCUAGAAGGUGUAAUAAAGCCUUGAUUCUGCCUUUUGGCUUGGCAAAAGCAGCUGGGAAGAUGCCAUGAUACUAACUUGGGAGCACUUAUGACAUCUGGGUUCUAGGUAGCUGCCACUGCUGUCUAGGCUAGCACUACUGGAAUCCUGGACUCUAGUAGAAACAUACAGGAAAUGACAUUGCCAAACUUUUCUCCUUAUAAAGGCAGAUAAUUUAUCCAGGAAUUACCAUCUUCCAAGUUUCCCUAGGGAGGAGCCAAUGCUUAAGCCAGCAGGAUACAACUGGAGAGAGGGAUAUAAAAACAGUUUCCUCUGACCCCAAAAUCCAGUCACAAUGCCAUCUCUUCAAGAACAAUGCUACAUAACAAGUUAAGGCUUAGAUCAUCACUUAUGGGAAAUUACAGAGGACAUAUUACUCCAGAGAAUUCUCUGAAAAGGUCCAGCUUAUUCAUCAGUGGGAGGAAGUCACAGAGUGAUCCAAGGGACAGCAUAUUCGCUAGGAGUUAGGAAACCUCCAAGACCCACUGGAGGCCCCACCAGUCUACCGAUAUCUUCCUUCCACAUGUCCAAAACAGAACAGUCUCUCCCUCAAACUUGCUCCUCCUCCUGUGUUCCUGGCUUAGGGGUUGGUAUCACUGUCUUCUCAGGGUUCUUUGGUUCCUCCCUCACCUUUACUCCAACCUGUCCAGUACUGGAGAUUCUACUUAGGUAGCCUCUCCUGCCUGCUUCUGCAUUCCCAUUGCUGCUUCACCUGGGCGACUGCAAUACUCAUUCAGCAAACACUGGCUGUGGCUCUGGGCAUACAAUGGAGAGCACAACAGUCCCUGCCCUCAUGGAGCAUACAUCCUACUAGAGCAAACAGAUCAAAAACAAAAAAAGACAGACAAACUAGUUCUGAAUUAUGUAGGUACCUUAAAAGAAACAGAGAAGGCGGCAAAAAAUAACAGAGGAGGUGGGUGGAAGGACCGACUUAGACUGCAAGACUCCUUGCCGUUUCUUUCACACGUCCUACACAGAGGAGCCCUGGUGGUGCAACUGGUUAAGCAGUGGUUGGUAAUUAAAAAGUUGGGGGUUUGAUCCUACGCAGUGGCUCUGUGGGAGAAAGACCUGGUGAUGUGCUUCCAUGAAGAUUACAACCAAGCAAGCCCUGUGGGCGGUUCUUCUCUGUCACAUGGGUUGCUAUAAGUCAGAAUUGACUUUAUGGCACCUAACAACAUCCUACACAAAUCUCCCCUACUAGACUCUCCAGGUAAAGUAACUUUCCUCUCCCUAUCUCUGUCAAAAGCCCAAAUCAACUUUCACCACUCAGUUCAAAUGUAACCCCAUCAGGAAACCUUUUCUGAUCUUUCUUAGCAAUUCUCUUCCUCUUUUCAGUUCCUCUCUUAGGGCAUUCAUCUGCAUAUAUGCCUGAUAUUCCUAACUAGACUACAAACUCCUGGAGGGAGGAGAUCAGUUAUCAACAUCUUUGUCUCUACCCUCCAGCACCUUAAACUCAGUAGAGACUUAAAAAGUGAAUAGUUUUUUUUGGAAUGUGGUUACUGCCACGACUGGCCCUAUUUCUCAGGGUUGUUAUGAAGAUCGAAUAUAAUUUAAGAUGUCAAAGUGCUUUGAAAAAGAAAAAAAAAAAGGACUGUACAAAUAGAAAUUGCUUUGUAAUCAUAAUUGUAACAAACAGCACUCUGGGAACAUGCCUAUCCAGGACGGCUAAGAAUGGAUCUGGCUUUCCCAACCCUGUGAAAUAGGCAAGCACAAAGGCUGCUCAUCUAUUUACAUGGUAAAACCUUUCAGGCUGUGGCCUUGAUUUUCUGUUAAGUCUUAUUUUUUCUAUCACCUAUCUUGUGAUGACAAAUUGAAACAUGUACACUGAAGCUUGUAUUUCUGCAAACUGUGUGGCUAAGAGUCAGAAUACCUAAGUCUGAAUCCUUGCUCUGCCACCUCCUAGCUGUACGACCUCUGACAAAUUACUCUCUCUGCCUUGGAUUCCUCAUGGGGUUGCUGUGAGGAUUAAAUAAUAAGAUAUAUGUGGAACAGUACUGAGAACAGUGCCUGGUACAAAGCAAUUAUCCAAGUUACAGUAAUCCACCAUGCUUCCCGGUACAGGGUACAUGAGAGAAGUUCCUGGGAAUUAAUCUUGAUUGCUGUCAUACAGGAAACGCUGGUGGCAUAGUGGUGAAGUGCUACAGCUGCUAACCAAGAGGUCAGCAGUUCAAAUCCUCCAGGCGCUCCUUGGAAACUCUAUGGGGCAGUUUUACUCUGUCCUACGAGUCGGAAUCGACUCGACGGCACUGGGUGGGUUGGCAUAGGGUCGCUAUGAGUUGGAAUCGAAUUGACGGCAGUGGGUUUGGUUUGGUUUAGGCUGUCAUACAAUAUGGGGGUGUGCAAAGAAUACGGAGGGGACAAGGAAGUGGGGAGGGGCUGCUGCAACGGGCCUUGAGAGUGAGGCCAAAACAAUGUGAGGUUAGUCAGAGAAAGUUUGGGUCCUCUGAGAGGUUUAGUACCUGCCACUCAAGUGAAAAUGACGGUCAAGAGGUCAAGAGGCUGAGAGGUUACACUAAAAAAAGAAAGGCAGAGAAGGCCGCCUCUAGUCAUUCUCAGGCCUUCAUCUGCUUAACUAAUGAAAGAGGUUGAGAACACCAUGGUUCUCCUGUACUGUGUGAGCCACGAUUGGGCAUUAGUGCAAGACUGAACCUGAGCUGCUUAUUUCUAACAUGAGGGGCCAAAGAACAGUGAAUCUGAAGUUUACCAUCAGGGAACGAUGGGACCACCCCUUUUCUCAAAUCCCUAACUACCUCACUCCCGUGAGAUACCUUUUUCUAUCAGAAACACACUAGAGCACAAGCAAUGCUGUCAGGCUGUGUCAGUCGAAAGUGACCUGCAUAGAGGUAACAAAGGGAAAUGCCACAUUUGGGGUGGGGUGAGGGGAGAGAAAAGCAGCCCACAGAGGGGUCUCGAAUGAAUAAGACCACUUCUCAAAGAGUUCUGGGUGGAAGGCAACUUGCACAGAAGGAUACCCCUCCCUGAGAAACCUCAAAAAGAGAAGGCUAUACCUGUUGGCUUAGAUGAACUGUUCAGGGUUCUCUCUCUUAAAGCCAAAGACGCCCAGAAUAAGCCAAAGCCUCCUCCCAAGAAGUCAGGAAUGUGGUUUCCAAUGCAAACAGAGACUAAGUUGUAGAAAUAGUGCUGGAGCAUGUCCAAGUACUCCCCAUGUUCCUUGAGUCAUUUGGAAAUGGUUAACAAAUGCGUUGGACACCUGGCCUGAUUACCCAUGAAGGGGAUUUCCACACAAACCCUACAGUGUAAAAGCAUCAUCCUCUUCCUUCCCAAACAAUGCAGUUCAGUUACACCCUCUCUGAAGUGUGCCCUAAAUAUUCCAGAUUUCUAAAUCUGCUUCUAUGUUUCCUAAGUUAGAGGAGCAACUGCUGCUGACAUGAAGAAAACAAGGAGCCAAGCAACUUUGUGCUUUUAAAAAGAGUUUAUUUUAAAUUAAGAAGAGCAGAUGUCUAAUGUUUGAAAAAGCCACACAUUUGUGGAUUUGGCUGACAAAUCCUCUAAGCUGCAUUUCGUAUCUGUUCCCAUAGAGUCAGCCAGCCACUUGCAACUGACUCACUCUCUGGGCCAUGGUUUGGGCCAGCCUCCUGACUACAGAAUUAGAAUUCCAGAUCGCAAAUGAUUCCAGGGUGUUUGGGUGAAGAGUGGGGGCCAUCUAAAACAGUCCUUUCCCCCUUUUAAUUUAGUAAUAUUAACACCCACAGAGCAAACUGCAAGGCUAGUGGGUCAAAGAGAAUGAGCAAACGGUUGGCACCUGCCUAUUCCAGCACCACGAAAUUCUAAAGGCAGUGAGUAAGCAGCUGUCCAGAACAGGUUUUUGUACAAUCCCUUUUAAGAGCACUGGUUAAAUAUGCAAAUAUGUGUAGGUUAUUUGCUGCCAUUCAAGGCCUCACCCCCAAGGCAAACCAUUACCUCAGGUGAACCUGGCUUUGUUGGGAAGGGAGGGACAGGAAUCCAAGCCCCAGUCUACCAGACAGAAAUUACUUUUCACUUGCUUCUAGAAUUUAAAAGUACAUCGUGUGCUUUCUUUUCUCAUCUUUGAGAAUAAAGGGAACAACAAAAAAAACUUUCAGAUGCAACGGUUUCGUGCAGCAUCUCAUCUACCAUGUUUUGUAAAUACCAGAGAAGCUUUGAUCAAUGGGAGUUAGAGAUGGAACGUUACUUGGCUUUCAAAAAUUACUAUUAAACUCCUGCUUUAGAGUGUUUUAAUUUUUGUGAGCACAUAAAACCCAACAAACUAUGAAUAAAAUGAACCACUGUUUUUGUGUAUGUUUUUAAUUUUCUAAUAGGAAUGAGACUUUCAGGUAUACUGAGGAAGAUCUUGCAUGCCAUCUAGUGAAACUUUUUUUUGGUUUAAAACCUAUUUUACUGAGCAAAUCUUCCUGGAGAGCAUAGAUGGAGCUUUUCUAUACAGCAUUCUUCAUAAAGAAAAUAGAAAAUGCCAACAUUUUGUUUUUAUUACGUUUCUUGGAUUUUUUUUGUUGUUCAAACUUCUUUAGUAAAAUGUUUUCACUUACUCUCCAAGUCUGAUGGAGUAUCAUCUACCUCAAACAAGGACACAUGCUGACAGCAUUAAAAAUUUUAGCUUUAGGGAGUGAAUACAUUGUGACAUUUUUGCAUGUGCAUCAGACGCUCUUUGAUGAAUUAAAAAAUGGGGACUAUUGUAACAUUUUGCAUUAUCUGAUUUAAUCCUUAAUAUAUGGUAGUCCAUAUAUCUCCAUUUUUAUAGAUUAAUCAUUUCUCAAGGCCACAUGUAACGUAAAUGGCAGAAAUCUAAACCAUCAUUAAUGUGGACUGCUGUACAUAGAAGCAAAUGGGUUUCAAAAUAUGGUGAAAGCUUUUUGAUGCUAAAAGGUUGGGAAUCUCUAUGAGCUCCUUACAUGAGUUUGUCUAAACACAGUUCACCUCAGAGGAAAAACCAGUUGUCACUGACUGACCCAUGGACCCCACGUGCGUCAACGUAGAACUGUGUCCCAUAGGGAUUUCAAUGACUGAUUUUUUCCAAGGCACCCCUGGGUGGACUUGGACUCCAACCUUUAACCUUUUGGUUAGCAGGCACCACCCAGGGACUCGUCUUCCCAGAAUAAUAAUAAAAAAAAUACAGGAGGGCAAUCAGUAUCAUUUCGCUACCUGCACUACUUGUACUCAAUGAGUCACUGUUGACUAGUGAAAACAGAAAAACCUCAUGCUGUCUUGAGAAAGCUAGAGCCCAGAGCCCACUGCGAGCAUAGGCUGAAUUUGUGUAGGCACAUUCAUUACUACAUUUGCUUAAUUAACUACUAUGUUUAAGAAACCCCCUAUCUGCCUUGUCAGUUUCUGGUAUCUUACGGAACAGGGAUACUGUUGCUGUUGGUUUUGACUUGUAGCGACCCUACAGGACAGAGUAGAACUGCCCCAUAGAAUUUCGAGUGGCUGUUGGAUUUGAGUUGCUGACCUUUGGGUUAGCAGCCACAGCUCUUAACCACACCAUCAUGGCUCCAGGGAAUGGGGAUAGGCGGCCGUUAUCCAAAUGAAGUUAGUCUCCCUUUCUUCCAAAGCAGCUUCACCCUCCAAAUUAUUUAUGUAUACAGAAAACAGCAGGAAAACGGGAUACUGCACAUUUUCAUGUUACAUUUAAUUGCUUUAAAUGAGAUGCUUCUCAGUGCUUAAGAAUGUAUAAACUGUUGAUGUACUGCUUGAUGGUCACUGAGUUGGACAUGACAAAACAUGGGCAGACAUGUAAGGCACAAAAUGAGACUUAUACAAAGUAGAGAUGAAAUCAGAAGAAUUCCCAGUCCCUUUUUUUAUUUGCAGAAAUGUCAAACCAUCCAUUUGCAAAUUUCCUGGUCUCCGAUCAGUUGGAAUUUACUGGGUAUUAUCUGUGGGAUCAUAUGAAGGGGGAAAAAAAACCCCCAAAAACACAACACACAAGAAUAAAAAAACCAAAACCAGAAUAGAAGGAUAUCACACUGUACCAGUUGGAAUUUACCCAAACACUUAAUGGAAGAAAGGAGGAGAGCUGCUCUUUGUUUUAAGGCAGAUUCAUUUGAAAGAGUGAAUAAAUGGUCAUCAUAAGUCAAAUGCAUCGAUCACUUAGACCUUCAGUCUAGGAAACCAAGCUUUUUGUUUUCUAAUACUCUACCCUACCCUAAAAUAAAUUUACCAAUAAAUCCUAAAGAUUUAGUGAAAACAGUACAAUUCAUAUUUGCUUUCCUCUUUCUUCAGACAAACACCAAAUAAAAUGCAGGGGGAGAUGAAACACAACAACUAGAAGCUGACUAAGAAAUUUACACUAAAUAAAGAACCCUAAGGAAUCUAAAAAUUAUCUUGGUUCAUGUGAAUCUAUUGAAAAUAAAGCACCUGAAUACUGCUUUUCAAGUUAGGUCAAGUUACAGUCAUACUGCUAAAAAGUCCCGGGCGGGGUGUGCGGGGGGAGGGAAUAAAAGAUUGUUAAAGCAAUAACCUUUUCAAAACCCAUAAGGCAGGUAGUUUACUUGUCCUUUCACAAAAGUCAGGUUAUUUAUCCUUUAUUUAUUUGUUAGAGUCAUGGAGACUAUCCCAGUUUUCCAUACAGUCCUCUUUCUAUACUGCUGCAAUACUGUGACAUAAAGGACUCGAGUGCCACUAAACCUAAGGAUCAGAGCUUUUUAUCUUAAACCAGGAUGCUGGGUAAUGUUUGAAAAAUGGGAACAACGUUUGAUAUGGAUGGUCAGAUGAAAGAUACCAAAAUGUCAGACAGCCCAUCGACUGCUGUUGCCAUGAGAUUCAACAGUCAACAUCAGUCUGAUAAGCUACCCGACAAGAUGGUACAGCCAUGGAGAUGUCACGACGGUAGGCAAAACAAGCAGACAUCCAGGUAGGAUUUGAUAAAACCAAUUAGGCAUUUCUGCACUUUUGAGAUUAAAACCAAUUCUAUUCUCUAUGCAAUGUUGGCAUCAAUUUUCCUAAAGGAAAAAAGUGAAAUAAAAAUGACCAGGUUCAACCAGUAAUAACAUCCCAAAGGAAAAAAAAAAACCAUAACAUAAUUAUAAAACACAGAAAGGCAGGAAAACUGAGUUACAUACAAGUUUCUAUAUCUGUUAAAAUCAGAG